UCAGUGCACACACAGUCUUUUUUAUUACACCAACCAUCGUGGUUCAAAGGUCAAAAUGUUUGGAAAAGUGCUCGCAUUACUUCUCUUGGUUGGUGUGGCGUCAGCUGAUGAUUUCGGGAUGAAAUUCUUAACGAGGGUGUACGAAGACUGUCAAAAUUCGAACGGCAUAGUUCCAUGUUUGAAACGGAAGGCCAUAUUGUUUUUCGAUCGAGCUGCCAGGAUGGAGUCCAUACCUUUGAUAGAUGGAGUUGAUGUUGUCAAAAUUUCGGAUGUUGAAGAAGUUGCUAAUAGUGAGAAUGAUAUAGAUGCAAGUCUGCCGAGGAAUCUGGAGAGCAAAGACGAAGCAUUGACCGAAAUGCUAUGGGACAGGGUUGCUGCUUUUGCUAACUCCAGGACGAUUCAACUGUCACUGCCUAAGAUGACGGGUCAGGAACUCAACAAGGGGGUGGAAGAAGGGCGAGGGAAGAUGAAGAAGAUGAUGGGGAUGAUGAUGAUGGGAGCCGCUAUGAAAAUGGCCGCCAUGAUACCAGUGGCUAUGGCUGGUCUCUUCAUUUUAGCGGGAAAAGCUCUUAUUGUUUCAAAGAUCGCCCUACUCCUCGCUGGUAUCUUAGCCCUGAAGAAGCUGAUCGCAGCCAAGAACAGCGGAGGCGGUGGGCAUGAUAGUCACAGCAGCGGCUGGUCGUCCGGCGGCUCAAGUGGAGGCUGGGACAGACGGUCGUAUGAUGACGCAGCAGAUUUGGUUUAUUCCGCCUAUAAGAAAGCUUAGGAUAGGUUAUAGUAUACAAGAUGUAUGUAUGUGUACGUGAACUUUUUGGGUAAGCAUUUGAUGUUUCAAGAAGAAGUGGUUUUAUUGGACGAUAAUACUGAGUAUAGUUUGAGCAGAAAUUAUAAAUAUAGGUCAUUACAAUGCUCAUUGUGUUUACUUGGUUUGAAACUAACAGAAUGUAUUUGUUUCAUCCAAUAAAACAAUGUAUUCUAUGUAUAUUCAAAGGGUAGGUUACUAUUGUGAUUUUAAGCGUUUUUUAUUGAUUUCUUUAAAUGAUUUUCGUUAUCUUUUACUUAACGUUUCUUGAUAAUUCGGUAGACAAGCCAGAAUCGUGACUAUUAUGAAAUGGCUUAAACGAAUGCGAUAGAAUUUAAUAAGUUCUGAUCAAUUAUAAUGUACAAAUUGGAAUGAAAUUUAUAUUAUGUAUAGGCCAGCAUUGUAUCUUUCGAAUACUCAAACUUAACUUGAGACUUUCUUAUUAAAUUAUUAUACAUAGUUUUGAGGCUUUGAAAAAGAUGCAAUCAUAUUAUAAGAUUACACAUAAAUUUAAAAUUGUGUAAACUUUUAGUAUUUGGCAUGUAUAUUAUUAUAACUUUCGCAAAACUGUAUUUAAAAAAACAUUGUUUAAAAUAUAAUUUUACUAUUCUAUUGUCUAAAAAGUAUAUGUAAAUAAUAAUAUAAUAUUGUACUGAAUUAUAUAAGGCUAUAUACACAUGUAGAAUAAACUGCCAAUGUACCUUAUAUAAAAUGUUAAUUGUUCGAAAAUGAACUAUAAAAAAAGUAUUUUUUAUAAAAAGUAU